GGAGAAACCAAUGAAAAGUGUCAAGAGCGCCAAUGUCACCACCACCUUCAGCAACCCUACUUGGCUCACCCUUUCCGCGAUGCAAUGAGCACAUCGGUCUGAGUGGAGCAUGACGGAAUCUCCGUGUCGAUGCUGCAUCGGUCUGUUCACUUUCCAAUUCACCCCGUGACAACAACAAUGGCUCCUCAACAACAAGACUCUCAGACUGUGGCUACGACCACCACCGCGCCUUCCGUGGAGAAAACGGUGCCCGCAACCAAGCCAAAGCCCAUCAAGAACGCGCUCAACGAAGAGGUGGAGCAUUUCGAGUUUGAGCACCCUGAACUGCGCAGUGUGUACCCCACGACCAAAUACGACCCCAUUCCGGUGCUACCGUACGAGGACCGAGGACUGAAGGCCGACCCGACGUUCAAGAACCUACUCAAGGAUGCCACAGUGACGCACUUGGCGCCGAAAAUCGGCACGGAACUGUCGGGUAUUCAACUGCAUGAGCUCACGGACGCGCAGCGCGAUGAGCUUGCCCUGCUGGUCUCUCACCGCGGCGUAGUCUUCUUUCGAGACCAGGAGAUUAAUAUCGAGCAGCAGAUUGAUCUCGGUCGCUACUACGGACCUCUACACGUACACCAGAACCUCGGUCACCCUGAAGGACACCCGGAAGUGCUGGUGGUCGAGAACUCGGUGGCUGACAGCGACCGUAUCAUCAAACGCCAGCAGUACGACCCGGAUAAUGUGUGGCACAGUGACGUGUCUAACGAGCGUCAGCCUCCGUCGUACACGAGCUUCAAGGUGUUAACGAACCCUCCGCUUGGUGGUGACACCUUGUGGGCAUCCGCAUACGAAGCUUACGAGCGACUCUCACCGCCAUUCAAGAAGUUCAUUGAGGGGUUGACAGCGAUUCACAGCAGCAAGGCUCAAGCCGAGCGAGCAGAGCAACGUGGACAUACAAUUCGUCGAGCUCCGGUGGAAUUUGAGCACCCGGUCGUGCGCACCCACCCGGUCACUGGACGCAAGGCUCUGUUUGUCAACCCCGCGUUCACUAGACGCAUUCGGCAGCUCUCUUCUCGCGAGUCAGAUGCAGUGCUCAAAGUGCUGUAUAAGCAUAUCACGGAGGGCCACGAGUUCCAAGUUCGCUUCCGCUGGUCCAAGAAUGCUGUGGCGGUCUGGGACAACCGCAUCACCGCUCACUUCGCCACGUUCGACUACUUACCUGGCAACCGACACGCCGUUCGAGUGACCACACAAGGCGAGAUCCCUUACUUCGACGGUGAAGACGACAAACCCUAGAGCCUGUCUACCUUCGAUUCCUGGCACUCAAUUGCCAUUGUAAUUGUAGUUAACGAAUAUUGUGCACAGUACAAUCAUCCCUACAGCAUUUCGUGACCGACUCGUUUACGAUAGAAAUCUGAAAACUGGGCGACUAUAUUCCAAUAUAGAUUCUGCAAUAAUGCAUUGCUUGCAACUAGUGAUGCUUACAGCAUUUUCUCUCAGCCUUUGGGCGAGGUAGAAUACACGAUAGCCAAGUGGAUUUCAUCAGCAUCGG